AUGCAAACUUUUAUAAGUGAAAACAGAAUGUCAUCUCCCUCAGAAAUUCCUUCAACCACAAGCAACAUGUUGAUAAUUUCUGAAAGCUAUGCCAAUACAACGUACAUCAAAACAUCAGAAGCGGUAUCAAACAGCUUCACCGAAACUACCUAUGAUGUCAGUUAUACUACGAUGGUCUCCACCAAUGAUGCUCAAGCAACCACUGUAACAGCUCAUCCCAGUACUACUUCAGUUAUGCCAUUGACUACUAGCAAUAAUGCCAAAACAGUCUUAAGGACAACUGUACAAAGCACAAGGCUGCACUCCAGUUUUACAAACAGCUCAGAAGAAACACAUGAACCCAGAAAAGAUAAUCACAGCAAAGGAGGAGUAAUAUUUGGUGCCAUUGUAGGAGCUGUGCUAGGAUCUGCAUUAAUUGGUUUGGUUAGUUACUUCAUGUGCAAGAAGAGAAAAUCUGAUGGUUUUGCUCAUCAAAGACUUUAUGAUGACACAAGGAAUGAUCCAGUUCAGCGACUGGACAGUGCACCUGAGUCUUAUGGUGAGAGCUUUGCUGAUCUGUCAUACUACAAUCCCACGAUAGCCAAUGAGACGACAGCCCAGAACAGCAAUGCACAACCAUAUGAUGCUAUUCCAAUGGAUGACAUUACUUUAUCACCACCACUACCAUAAAACUAUAGAAACUAACGACAGUUUU